UUCUAUUUCUAUGAAUUAUUUCCGACAAUCGUUGAAUCAGAGUCCCAUGAUUCAAUGCCCUUUGUCGGAACUAUAAUUAGAGCAGUGCAGGUUAUAUAUGUCAAUAGAUUCUCACCUGCAUCUGAAAAGAAUGCGGUACAUGAAAUAAAGAGAAGGGCUGCAUGUGAUAAAUUUCCUCGAGUGUUACUGUUUCCAGAGGGAACCACAACUAAUGGAAAGGUCCUUAUGUCAUUUCAACUUGGUGCAUUCAUCCCGGGUCAUCCGGUUCAACCCAUUAUUGUUCGUUAUCCUCAUGUACCCUUUGAUCAAUCUUGGGGGCUUAUUUCUUUGGCUAAGCUCAUGUUUAGGAUGUUUACUCAGUUUCAUAAUUUUAAGGAGGUAGAAUAUCUCCCUGUCAUUAUGCCCCCAAACAAUAAAAUACAAAGUCCUGUCCACUUUGCUGAGAGGACUCGUCAAGCUAUGGCAAGUGCUCUGAAUGUUGUUCAAACAUCUCAUUCCUAUGGGGAUUUAAUGCUCCUCAUGAAAGCUGCUGAAGUACAACAAGGAAGACCCUGGAAUUAUAUGGUUGAAAUGGCCAGGAUUGAAUCACUGUUUCAGAUAAGCAGCUUGGAGGCUGUGGACUUUCUUGAUAAGUUUCUUUCAAUGAACCCUGACACUAGCGGUUGCGUUAAACUUAACGACUUUUUGAGGGUUCUACGAUUAAAGGCAUGUAAACUUUCUGAAGAGAUUUUUGGGUUCCUAGAUGUGGAGAAGAAUGGAUCGAUUACAUUUAAGCAGUUCUUAUUCGGAGUAGCUCAUGUCAUGAAGCAACCACUAUUCAUGCAAGCCUGCGAACUGGCAUUUGCCGAAUGUGAUGUGAGGGGAGAUAACUACUGUAUGAAGAAGUAUUUGGCAGACAUCCUUCGACAGGCAAUUCCAGACCUGAAUGAAGACCAGGUCAAUGGGCUAUUCAACCUAUUUGAUACGGACAAUGAUGGGAGAAUCAGCCGAGAUGAUUUCGUUUCCUGCCUGAGAAAGAACCCUUUGCUGAUAGCAUUGUUCUCACCCAGAUUGCUGCAAAAGGACUUUCCAAAAUUAGCUGGUGAUAGAAUGCCGGAGGAGAUUGUUUGAUA